AUGUCCAAGAUAUGGCUUCCGGUCCGGACCAGGCCGAUGGAACAUUCUCCUGCCGACACUGAACUGCAGCCUCUGAACGCGGAGUGGACGCUUGCUCACUGCUUCUGCUUUAUAAUGGGUGGAAUAGCUUUGCAGACACAGGAUGAGUGGAUCUAUAGUGCUGGGUGGGGAGAUAUUCAUCUGCUUAUACAAGCUGGAGUCAUCCCAUGUUCUGAUAUUAGAGAUCGAGAUAUUGAAGAUCGGUCGAAAGCGGAUUGGAUUGGUUCGCAAAGGGCUUCACGGUCUUUCAGAGCACCUGCUAGACGGGUACACUACCUUCCAAUAUCACUGAUCGAGCUCACUGCGGUUGCUUGUGUGCUAUGCGGCAUUCUCACAUAUGGCUUCUGGUGGUGUAAGCCUAAGGAUAUGGCCACGCCUGUUAUAGUCCCUCCACGGUGCAAUCGCCAAGACAUGAAUGCCGAGAUAGGACACGCCACGGAUGUGAAACCUGGAAAAUGGGUUCAUCUACAGGCAUGCAUCAGAAACGACAGUGUAAUAUCUGCCCUGAGUGAGCUCUACCACGAGCGGAAGCUCCUGAACACGCCUCUGGCUUCUACUACUUGGCUGAAUGAAGAGUUGGCUCGCCAGGAACACAUUUUCAUUAUCAGUGAUGUCAUUGGCAGUGUGGUCGCUCUGAGUUUUUGCGCUGUUCAUCUGGCUGCGUGUCGAGAGCUAACGUUGGAACUCAGUUGGAACUUUAAAUUCCCUACCAAAGCAGAACAGACAAGUUGGCGUGCUUUUACUAUUGUUUCAGUUGCUUCGAUCUUCAUCUACUGUUUACUAAUGAUGAUGCAAGACGUUUGCAUGUGGCUAAGGUGGAAGGAAAUGCUCCCGUCAUUUUUUUUAGGCUUUGAUUCUCUUAACCAUUUCUCUGGCAGUAUACUUAAUUUCGCGGUUUGGCAUUGUGGCUCUCGUUUUCUCAUCCUUGAGAUUGCUUCCGGAGGGGUCUUACAGGGCUAUUCUGUGGGCGACGUCUAUACCGCAUUUUUAGAGAUAUGUGGACUUAUGCCGCAGCAAAGCAGUCAUCUCCUUGAUAUACAGACUGGGAUUUCCAGCGAUGUAAUAAGGGCGCCCAGCAUCACGGUGUGGUGUCUGGUGAACGACCGCGAUACAUAA